UGGCAUUAUUUCAUUCUUUUUUAUGGCUGAGUAGUAUUCCAUUGUGUAUACAUAUCACAUUUAAUCCAUUCAUCUGUCAAUGGACAUUUAGGUUGUUUCCAUGACCUGGCUAUGGUGAAUAGCAGCACCCUCUAAUCUUCACUCCCCUACCCUGUGUGCCCCACACUUGGCUCAGCAGUACUGUGGUAGGAACGGGUAAAAGUAUAAGACUUCCUUUGAAAGGUGCCAUUUGACUCAGAAGGGCAGAUAGAAUUUGGAGAAGCAGAGAGGCUGAGAAGUUGGAGGUGCCAAGAUAGACUUCCCAUGGUGAGCAAGGAGUGGGUAUAGGGUUCAAGGCUCAUUGAGAGGGAGAAGGAUGGGAGAGAGCAGUGGGGUGCCUGUGCCAGCUCUGUGCCUCCCUCCCAAGUCACCUCCCAGAGGCCGAGCUUACAGUUUAUGUAGCAGCCUCACUCAGGAGCAGGGAGCAUCUUUUCUUCCUGCUCCCCGGUCCAACCCCUGUCUCUGGGGCUGACAGUUGUAUACCUCCUCCUGGGUCCCUCCUUUGGGGCCCUGAUGCCCAGGCUCUGUGCCUCCCGCACCGUAAGUAUGUGUAGCUUCACAGAUGGCCUUUGCCUCUCCCAGCUCUAAAGGAGGAACCAACCCCUGUCUCCUGGGGCCCUGAGACUGUGACCUGGGUGGAGGGGUGGCCGGCCCUGCCUGGUGCCUAUGUACCCCCGAUCCUCCAGGGAAGAUGGGCAGCACCAAGCUGCAGACAGGGACUUGGAAGGCCCCAACAGUGGGAUCCGGGAUCGUGGCAGCCCAGAGAGGCCCUGACUUCAGAAUCUAGGCCCCACUGUAGCACCUCCCAGGCCCUGAGGGCAGGCCACCCUCGUGAUCCCAGUGAGGUCAUUGCUGGCACAGGGUGCCUGUCAGGUGCCAACAACCUAAAGCCAGGCAGUUGGCCUGGGAUCCUGAGGAGAGCAUGUUUGGGUCUGUGGGUGGCUGCAGCAAGAUGUGGGACAACCUCACCUGCUGGCCGGCCACCCCUCGGGGACAGGUGGUUGUCUUAGCUUGCCCUCUCAUCUUUAAGCUCUUCUCUCCCACUCAAGGCCUCAACGUGAGCCGCAACUGCACAGACGAGGGCUGGACGCCCCUGGAGCCUGGCCCCUACCCCAUUGCCUGUGGCAUGGAUGACAAGGCAUCGGGUUUGGACGAGCAGCAGCAGACAGUGUUCUACAAUUCUGUGAAGACCGGCUACACCAUCGGCUACAGCUUGUCCCUCGCCGCCCUCCUGGUCGCCACCGCCAUCUUGAGCCUGUUCAGGAAGCUCCACUGCACUCGGAACUACAUCCACAUGCACCUCUUCAUAUCCUUCAUCCUGAGGGCCACCGCCGUCUUCAUCAAAGACUUGGCCCUCUUCGACAGCGAGGAAUCAGACCACUGCUCCAAGGGCUCGGUGGGCUGUAAGGCAGCCGUGGUUUUAUUCCAGUACUGUGUCAUGGCCAACUUCUUCUGGCUGCUGGUGGAGGGCCUCUACCUGCACACCCUACUUGCCGUGUCCUUCUUCUCUGAGCGGAAGUACUUCUGGGGGUACAUAUUCGUCGGCUGGGGGGUACCCAGCACCUUCAUCAUGGUGUGGACCAUCGUCAGAAUCCAUUUUGAGGAUUAUGGAUGCUGGGACACCAUCCACUCCUCACUGUGGUGGAUCAUAAAGGCCCCCAUCCUCGCCUCCAUCCUGGUGAACUUCAUCCUAUUCAUUCGCAUCAUCGGAAUCUUGGUUCAGAAACUGCGACCCCCAGAUGUCGGGAAGAGUGACAACAGCCCAUACUCGAGACUAGCCAAGUCCACUCUUCUGCUGAUCCCCCUAUUUGGAGUGCACUACAUCAUGUUUGCCUUCUUCCCUGACAAUUUUAAGGCCGAAGUGAAAAUGGUCUUUGAGCUCAUCGUGGGAUCUUUCCAGGGUUUUGUGGUGGCCAUCCUCUACUGCUUCCUCAAUGGUGAGGUGCAGGCAGAGCUGCGGCGGAAGUGGCGGCGCUGGCACCAGCAGGGCGUCUUGGGCUGGGACUCCAAAUACCAGCACCCGUCAGGAGGCAGCAACGGGGCCACGUGCAGCACGCAGGUCUCCAUGCUGACCCGUGUCAGCCCCAGUGCGCGCCGCUCCUCCAGCUUCCAGGCCGAAGUCUCCCUGGUCUGACCGCUGGGUGCUUAGAGGCCCAGGGCGGCCCCUCCUGCCUGCGCCCACCUACCCUCCAUGGCACCAGGGGCAGAGGCUUGCUGGGUGAGGUCAGACCCAGUCCUGGGCUCAGAGGCUGCCUGGGCCCCCAGGUCACUGUCCAGAAUUUUCUGGAGAACGCUGCCCUUGCACCUGCCUCGGGAGACAAGAGUGCUUAGACUGGGGAGUGCUGAGAGCUCUCACCUGGAAGUUGUGGGGCGGAGCUAUCAUCAGACUCCGCCCCCAAGCGUUCUACCAAUCAAGGGCAAGAUAUUUGCAUACGCCCAAGACUCCAGUCCCUGGUAACUCUCAAGAGGACGGCAACUGCCUAUACCGAGACAAUGCAUAUGGGAACAUGCAUCAUCUGAAGGAACAAAGGUCUUACACCGAAAGGUCACCUGCCACCACCACCUCAAUAGUGCCUGAAGUUCUCCCAUUGAAGUGGAGUGGUCCCAGGAUAGCUGGGACAAUUUGAAGAGACUGCCACCAGCCCUACCCAUCCCUAUGGGCUGUGGGGACUGCCCUUGGCUACCUACCUGUGUGCCAGCUGUUAGACUCAGGCUCAGAGAUGUGCACUUAGUGGGUCCCUUAAUCCUCAUAUCAACCCAGCAAGGCAAGAACUUCUGUCCCUGUUUCACAGUGAGCCUUAUAGAGAACAGAUUCUUCACCUUAUCACACAGACAGGAUUUGAACUCAGAUCUUGCUGAUGGUAAAGUGAAAACACAUUUUUUUUUAAAUUUUAUGGCCACACCUGCAGCACAUGGAAGUUCCUGGGCCAGGGAUUGAAUCCAAGCCACAGCUGUGGCAAUGCCAGAUACUUUAACCCACAUUUCCCCAGUUACCCGAGCUGCUGCAGUUUCUUAACCCACUGUGCCACAGCGGGAACUCUGAAAACACAUACCCUUAACUGCUGCCAUCUAUGUAUUGUAACAAGCUGGAUCUCUUGGUUAUUUGUAUUGCCACUGAUAUUGUUAUUACCACCAUCUCUGCAACCCCAUCCUCACCCCACCCUCUGGAGUGUGGCUAAGGUGUCCUCAGGGCCAUGUACCAUCUGGACAAGAGCCUGGUGGUUGUCACAUCCUGGGUCUGCUGUGCACUCCUGAGGCCACACAGCUUCCUACCCAUGCCAUAGCCAGAAGAUCCCUUGGGGUUGCAAACAGGCUGGUGCAAUAAUAAAUGCUGGGUUGGAUUGGC